AUGGUUGUUCUUAAACACGCAGUGGUCUUCCUGGCCUCCCUCGCCACUUUAGCCGCCGCUUCCCCAACCUCGGCGACUGGGGUUGCGCACCAUGGCAAGCCCAGUGGCACUGCCGCAGGUGGUGACAUGGGAAGCCAUGAGAAUGAUGAAUGGCACCACUCCCCAACAGGACACGACGGCUCCUUCCAGAAGGACGAUGACGCUGGCAGUGCAAAUCACCAUCAAGCUCGCGAUGAGGGUAUACCGAUUGAGUACCGAGCCUUUUCCAGUCACAAGUGGGCUGAUGCUCCCCAGCACACGCCUGUGGGGAAGGAAGAGAACGACAAAACCUACAAACAACAUCACCGACGCACUGAAGAGGUGCUUGAGACACUUCGGAGAUUAGCCCGUGAAGAAGAUGAUCACGAGAAGCAUCCACGAGACGUCGAUCACGACCGCCACGAUGACAACCAUGGCCACGCUCAUGCCAUGGAGGAUGGAUCGCACAACCACACAGAGAGUGGCGAGCAUGUAAAGGACAAACACUAUGAUACCAGGGCGACAACCGAAAAAGGAGUCUACGAGUGUGCAAACCAGAACUGGGUGCAGCCGUGUCAUUGGACUCCAUUACAAGAAGGACAAUGCUAUAACAGGCUAUACGGCCGCCUUGGCUCCAUGGGCCCCGACAACGGGCUGUCCUGCACAAUCUACGAGCAGCCAAAUUGCAACGACAAAGGCUGGAACACAUGCGGCCCGUUCGUGUAUCCGGGGAUGAAGAACUAUCAGACCAGUCACUUGCUGCUGUACAACGGCAUGUCUGAUGAUGGUAUAUUCAGCAUCAAGUGCAAGUGGGUCUCGUGCCAGCCAUUCAUCCAGAGGCGAUAG